AAAUUAGCCAGGAGGAGAAGGCCAGGCGCCAUGCAUGCCCACUCGUCUGCAAAAUCACACACGAAUCCGGCAGGUGCAAACUCAUUCUUGCAGAGCACUGACGUCGUAUAGAGGAAAUUUGGUGGUGUGGUUUGAAACACUUGAGCCACUCCCGCCUUGCGAUAGUAUAAAGAGGUACAAAGGAUGCUACAACCUGCUCCUCUCCACAUCUUGAUUUGUUGUCUUGUUCUUCCACGGUCGAGGAACCCAGACAUUCGUUCCCACUUCCAUUCUUUACUUCCUGUGGAGCUUGACGCUCGUUGCACGACAUUCUUUUGGAUUCACCCAAGUCUUUCUUUGUACCUUCGCGUAUAUAUACACUCUUUCUCCAAGUCAACUUGCCUCAAUCAAAUCACAGAUUCGAUAUCUUGAACCGCCUUCGUAUCUUCAAUUCAAGAUGUAUAUCAACAACCUCGCUCUAGCCCUUGGUCUGGCGGGCUCAAUUGCUCCAGCUUCCGCCUUCUUUCGCAUGUCCUGUCCUGGACGACUUGUGCGAGAACGAAUUGACCCGAUUGUCAAUCCCGGCGCUGUCGGUGGUCAUGUGCAUACCAUUUCCGGUGGUUCCGCUUUCGGUCCUUCGAUGACCUUCCAGCAAGCUCGCGCGGCGAAGUGCUCGUCAUGUGAGAUUAAGGAGGAUAUGUCAAACUACUGGACCCCUCAGCUCUACGUCCAUGCCAAGAACGGGUCGUUCUUCCCUGUUCCUGUUGUUGGAGAUGGAGGCGACACCAAUGGCGGCAUGACGGUCUACUAUCUCCAAAGAACUGGAAGUUCCGGCGAGAAACUCAACGCCUUCCCAGAAGGCUUCCGGAUGCUCGCAGGCGACCCUUACAAGCGUAACUUCACUGGUGGCCUCGACGCCAAAGCCGUCUCCUUCGCCUGCCUAGGCGCCAACAAGGCUGAAACCAACGAGAUCCCAAACUACAACUGUCCUGGAGGGCUUCGAGCCCAGGUCUUCUUCCCCGCGUGCUGGAACGGCAAAGAUCUCGAUACUGCCGACCACAAAUCACACAUGAGCUACCCAGCUGGCGGACAAUACAACUCCGGUCCUUGCCCCCCUGAGUUCCCCAAGCAUAUGAUUUCGAUAUUCUUUGAGGUGCUGUAUGACACCAACAAAUUCGUCAACGAGUGGAAUGGCAACCAACACCCCUUUGUCUUCUCCAACGGUGACCCAACCGGCUACGGAUUCCACGGCGACUUCGUCAACGGCUGGGACGUUCCCGUGCUGCAAAAAGCCGUCGACACCUGUCUCGACGACUCAGGUAGCGUCGCCAAAUGCGGUGCCGUCACUAUGUUCACUGCUUCCGAGUGCAACGCGUGCAAGCUCCCCACCGUCGUAAACGAACAGGUCGACGGCAUGAUGGACAAGCUCCCCGGCUGCAAUCCCGUCACCACUGGCCCUGGUCGCGCUGCCCCUGUUGCGAAUUGCCCGACGACCCCGUUGUCAGCCCCAAGCACUAACUUCGUGGAUCUAACGACGAGUAAGAAGUGGGAAUAUACCGGCUGCGGCACUGAUAACAUUGGAUCUCGCACGUUCACCGGGAAGUCGACGUCCAGCGAUGACAUGACAGUGGAGAAGUGCGUGGACUUCUGCUCUGGCGCGGGCUUUUCCUACGCCGGACUAGAGUACGGAAGGGAAUGCUACUGCGAUAACACGCUGAAAGCCGAGGCCGCGCCAAAGGACGGGAUUAUGGGGUCUUGCACGAUGAAAUGCAUGGGAAACAACAAGGAAUUCUGCGGGAAUGGCGGCGCAUUGAGCAUUUAUCAUAAGUGCGGUGCAACCUGCAAGAAUCAGCAGAUCGGUGGUGGAGAUACUGCUCCGGCUCCGAGUGCUUCUGCGGCAGCGGUGUCAUCGCCGGCAACAUUGAAGCCUUCGUCUUCAUCUGCCCCAACGCCAGUCAAAUCCUCUUCCUCUCUUAAGACCAGUGUCGUCUCGACAAAGGCUCCCGCCACCACUCCCUCGGCCCCGAAAACCACGACCGCGGCAGCACCCAAACCAACCAAAGCCCCUGACUGCCCCCAAAACAACUGCGUGCGACAAAUGUUCAACCCCACAGCCUCCGUCCCUGGAAGCAAGUUCUGUCCGACGUACACGGCGUCUGUGAACACGGAUCCCAAAGCCAUUCCGACAUACCUAGGGAACUGCUCUGGUCCUUCAGAGGUUAGUCAGGCGUGUUCGUGUUUGAUGUAUGCGACGCCAACCCCUUCACCGAAGGUGAGGAGGCAUGCGAGGGAUAUAUAGGGAUGACAUGAGAGAUAGAAUAGAUAUGGGUGGCUCUUUGGACUUGAGUAUCUUGGAUGGGUGGUAUGUGCGUGCAUUGGAUGCAUAGCAACAUGCAUAUGUUAUUUUCUCC